GCCGGGGCGGUGCCGGCGGGCCGGGGGCGGGCGGCGGGGCCGGGGCUGCGGCGGCGGCGGGCGCGGAGCACACGGCGGCGGCGGCGCGGGGUCCGCACCAUGGGCGGCGGCUGCUGGCGGCUGCUGGGCGUCGUGUGCCCGCUGCUCCUGCACCUCGCCGCGAGCCAGGAGCCCGUCAGCAUGGCGGGACAGUGCGACACCAUCUACAAGGGCUUCGCCGAAUGCCUCCUCAGCCUGGGGGAGAGCAUGGCCCAGAGCGUCCGGCAGCAGCAGCAGGAGGAGGGCGGCGACGAGGCGCAGGAGCUGGACGCCAUCUGCAAGUCCUGGGACGACUUCCACACCUGCGCCAGCGAGGUGCUGUCGCGAUGCCCCGUGGAAGCGGCCACCGUCUGGGAGUCGCUGCGGCAGGAGUCGCGCAAGAUCCAGUUCCAGGGGAACCUGCAGGAGCUGUGCAGCGCCCGGGGCCGCCUGGCCAGCGCCCAGAGCUCGCCGGCCGCUGAGACCAACCAGGCCACGCUGCGGGGCUCGGCCACCGCCCCGCAGCCUCAUCUGCUGGUCCUGCUGGCCCUGCCGCUGCUGCUGCCCUGGCUCUAGCCCUGCUCGCCCACGGCGUGCCCAGGUGAUGCCGGCUCGGUUCCCCCGGCUGCUGGCCGGUCCCCGCCACGCCCGCCUCCCUCCCGGGCAUCCCUCGCGGGGCACGGUCCUCUCCUGCAGCACUUCAGAUGGAUUUAUAUUUAUAUUAAAAGACACUUUUACAUUUCUCCUGUCUCUCUGCCAUGGGAUGCCCCUUGAGCCCCUCCCAAACCCCGUGUUUGCUCCGGGGACCGGAGCGGGGAUGCUCCCCGCACCAGUCCCCGGGAAGGGUCAGUGGGAGGGUCUGUGACUCCAUUCCCCCAGUGUAUUGCCCAUGGCCAUGCCAGGGAGUCCAUGGGACCAUGGACAGCCCCAGGAGGGGGCGAUUCCCACUGUCCUGGUGCUCCCUGACUGCUGCUUUUCAGGGCUGGGCAUAGCAGGUAUUCCCUUUAGAGGUGGGUCAAAUGUUUUGUUCGUUUUAAAGGUCACUUUAGGAAAACACAGGGUGCAGAUUUCUUUGUCUUUUUGGCAGCCAAUAGCUCGUCCUCUGAUGGGCAAACUCUAGUGAAAUUUUCUGAUUUCCACUCCUUUUAUUUUGGUCUUGUUGUAUUCAUGGUCAUGAAGAAAAGUAUGGCUUGCAGG